GACAUAUCGUAGGAAGCAAUGGUAUUAAACCAGAUUCUAAAAAGUUACAAACUAUGAAAAAUCUACCUAUACCUAAAACACCAAAAGAAAACAAAGAAUGGAAUUGGACUAAUCAACAUCAAGAUUCGUUUAACACUUUAAAACAAAAAUUAAUGGAAGCUCCUGUUCUAGCACAACCUAACCUUAGAAAAGUUUUUAUAUUACAAACAGACGCUUCUGAUGAAGAAUUAGGUGUCGUUCUUACUUAA